AUGUGCUUCCUCGGCUGGGUCGUGCCCCUGACCGCAGUGUUGAUGCUAGCCACGAGGGAUGCAGGCCACAACCACCGGUCCCGCUACGUCUUCAAGAUCGCAGCUGUGUUCACUGCAAUCUUCUUGGUCAUCUUCUAUUUCUCCUGGUCCGCUACGUCUCUGACCUUCAUUCUUCCCUUUGUGGCGAAAUGGCGAAGUGGCACGGCAGCUGUUAUCAUGGCUCACAUCAAUCUGUUUAUCGUCAUUCUGCUCACUUUGAUGGCGGCCGUCUUCGACACUCCCAAGGAUUCCAAGCCAGAAGGUCCCGGUAGUCGCGCGCCGAGUCAGGCAUAA